AUGGAAAACCUGACGAUCUCCGAUGCCCCUCCUCCUGGAGCUCGGGGCCAUGCACAGGGUCCCCCUCAAUUGCCCCCGCAGAUGUUCACGACAGCUGCUCAACUUCUUGACCUAACGGAUACAAACUUGGUUCUGCAGUCAACAACCGAAAGGAUAUUCGCCCUGAAGCCCGGCACUGACCCCUCCGCCCCGGAGGGCUACUACGCCGACGUGGUCCACGGCAUCUUCCUCAUCCGGGGUGAAAACGUGCUCCUCCUGGGCGAGAUCGACCUCGACAAGGACGACGACCCGCCGCCGAAUUUCGAGCCUGCCGAACUGGAGCUCGUGAAGAAACUGGCCGAGGAGAAGAAGGCCCAUGACAAGGCCAGGGACAAGAAGAGGCUGCAGAAGCUGGCCACGAUGGGCUUUGAGGGCGAGAAUUUGGGCGAGGCUGUGUUUUGA